AUGUCGAAACCCACAUUUGCAAUCCUAGAUGAUUACCAGGGUAUUGCACCCUCCUACUUUGCUCAUCUGGAGUCGCGCAUCUCCAUCUCCAGCUUCCCCGAGACCCUCGACCCGCGUGAUCCUACCCAACACGAUGCCCUUGUCGAACGCCUCCAAUCCUUCGACGUGAUCCUCGCCAUGCGUGAGCGGACCCCAUUUGCCGCCAAAACAAUCAAUGCGCUUCCCAAUCUGAAAUUACUCCUCACAACCGGUACUCGCAAUCUCUCUCUCGACUUACAGGCCUUUGCCGACCGAGGCGUCCCCGUAGCGGGUACUGAAGGUCGCCCGCCGGGAGUGAACAGUACAGUACAACAUACCUGGGCGUUGAUUCUAGCCGCGGCGAGGAAUGUCGCGCGGGAUGACGCGGCCGUGAAACGGGGCGCUUGGCAGGGAUCUCUGGGGUUCACUCUUUCAGGCAAGAAGCUCGGCUUGUUGGGGCUGGGCAAGCUAGGCUCACAGGUGGGGAAGAUCGGCAUUCAAUCCUUCGGCGUCGAGGUGAUUGCCUGGUCAGCCAACCUUACCCAGGAGAAAGCAGAUGAACAGGCACAAGCGCAAGGUCUCCCGGCGGGUAGCUUCAAGGUGGCCUCGUCCAAGACCGAGUUCUUUGCGCAGGCCGAUAUCGUCAGUGUACACAACGUGCUCUCUGAGCGCAGUCGGGGAAUCGUGGGUGCAGCUGAGUUGGCGACUAUGAAGUCCAGUGCUACCAUCAUCAAUACCUCACGGGGCCCAUUAAUUGAUGAGAUUGCGCUCCUGGCGGCUCUCAACGCUGGUAAAAUCCGCGGUGCUGCCUUGGAUGUCUUUGAUCCGGAGCCAUUGCCAUUGGAUAGUCCAUGGCGCACCACAGCUUGGGGUGAAGAUGGACGUAGCGAUGUUAUUCUUACCCCGCACAUGGGAUACGGAGAAGAAGAUCUAUUGCGUGGAUGGUACAAAGAGGUUGCUGAGAACUUGGAGCGAUGGUUAAAUGGCGAGACAUUACUACGAAAGAUGAACUGA